CCGCGCGGGGCCUGCAGCGGGCAGCGCGGGGCGCCGCAGCCUGCGGGCGGCCGCCGUGCCCGCCACCGCCGCCGCCCCGGAGGUGGGGGCGUCGCGCGGGGCCCGGGGUGCCAUGGAGGAGCCGCCGCCGCCGCCCGCCUGAUCCCCGAGGCUGCCAGCACCGAGACAAAGCGCGGGGCUGCCCGCCGCGCCCGCCCGACCGAGCCAUGGUGGAGCCGCCGGCUGAGCCUCCCCCGCAGCCCUGCCCGGCGGCGCCCGGGGGGGCAGCGGCGGGAGCAGCGGGGGGAGAGCCGGCCCGUCCCGGGGAGCAAUCGCCGCUGCUGCACCUGGACCUGUACAACUUCGACUGCGCGGCGGCGGAGGGCAGCCGGUACGUGCUGACCAGCCCGCGGUCGCUGGAGGCCUGCGCCCGCUGCGCCGUGCGGCCGGUGGAGCUGCUGCCGCGGGCGCUGGGGGACCUGCUGCGGGAGGCUCCCGGGCGCUCCAUGCGGGUGGCCGCCGGCCUCUACGAGGCCUACGAGCGGGAGCGGCGCCGCAAGCUGCAGCAGUGCCGGGAGGAGCGGGAGAGGAUUAUCCGGGAGGAGAAGAGGCGGAUCCUGGCGCCCCUCGGCAGCCUGCCGCCUUCGCCCGCCGCCCGCGCCGCCCCCCGGGCCGCCGCUGCCACCGCCGGCGGGCCCCGACCCCACGGCGGGGGGAAGGCCGGGGCAGCGGGGGGCGCGAAGGCCAAGAGCCACUCGCUGGACUCACUGCAGAAGCGCCGUGAGGGCAGCUGGGGCAAGACCUCCUCCGAGUCGGGGGCCUCGUCCUCCUAUAGCGGGGAGAGCCUGCGGGAGCGCGGGGGCAAGGGGGGCGGCCGGGGCCGGGGGGGAGCCGCCGCCAACGGAGCCCUGCUGGGGCGCAGCUUCAGCCUGGGCGACCUCAGCCACUCACCCCAGACCGCCCAGAGGGUGGAGAGGAUCGUCAGGGAGGUGAAGAGGAGGAAGGGCCUCUCGGAGGUGCCCGAGAGAGACAAGAAGAUCGCGGCGCUGAUGAUCGCCAAGCACCAGGAGGCCAGCCUCCUGCGGGAGCAGCGGCAGGCGGCCCACCUGCAGUGGGACAGCCAGCGGCGCCUGGCAGAGCAGCGCAAGGAGCAGGAGGAGAAGGAGAAGCAGAGGGCUCUCCUGCAGGGCCAGCGGAUGUGGGAGAGCCAGGUGGAGAAGCGGCGGGGGAGGCUGAGCCAGGAGCAGGAGGAGGUCACCCUGCUGAAGCAGAGGCAGCGCCUGGUGUGUGAGGAGAGGUGGCGGGAGCAAGCAGAGAAGCAGGAGCGGCUGCGGAGGGAGAGGCUGGAGAGGGCUGUGCGGGAGGACAAGCAGAAGAAGCUCCAUCAAGAGCACAACCUGAAGGCAAAGGAGGAGGGCAAGAAGGAGCACCGGGAGCGAGAGGAGCAGCUCUUGCAAGAGAAGCUGUCCAUGGCUGCACAGAAGAGGCUGAAGAAGGAGGUGCAGUUGCAGAAGGAGAAGAAACUGCUCAACCAAGCAGAGAAGCUGAAGCAUGAGGCCUUGCUCAAGGAACUGGCCAAGCAAGAAGCAGAAGAGAAGGAAAUGCUGAAGGCCUCCCUGGAGAUGAGUUUGACCAAGGCUCAGGAGAACUAUGAGCAGCUAGUGGAGAAGAGAAACCAGGAGCUGAGGGAGAAGGCCAGGCGGGAGGAUAUGCAAAUCCAGAGAGCCAAACUGGCAGCAGAGAAGAAGGAAAGAGAGCAGAAAGAGCACUUGGAGGCCCUGGCUAGAGAGACAGAGAGAAAGCUCCAGCAUGCUGCCCAAGUGGCUGAAGAGGCUGUCCAAGAAAAAGCCCGCAAGGUGGUCUUGAGCCGUCUGGAGAAGGAGAAAGUACAGAAGAUGAACAAGCAAAAGGUGGAACAGUAUGAGGACUUACGGCGCAGGGAGAUCCUCCUCUCUAUAGAGAGGAAGCUGGAGAGAAGUGAGCAGAUCUUCAAGGAGAAGAAGACUGUUUUAGAAAAUGCCAGGUCUGUCGCUCGGGCAUCCUUCCAUGUCCGGGAAAAAGUACGGGAGGAGACGAACAUGCGCACCUUUGACAAGAUGGCCUUGGAAGCAGAACUGCAUGCCCACCUGAAUAAGAAAUGAAAGGUCUUGUCAUGGAUGAGCAGGGGUACAUCACCGGUUGUCCAUGAUAAGGCAUCAGAAAGCUCCUUCAUAUUAACGUUUAAAAAACAACAGCAACCAACAACAACCCUAAUUAUUUUGAGGGAACAGGGUACCGCACAAAAACAUGGCAGCUAUUUCACAUACUUUUUAAAAUAUGUUUUUGUUCCAGGCAUGUUUUAAGAACUGACUUCAGUCAUAUUUAUAGAGGGGAAGUGAGUUUUUGUGUCCUUCACCCCACAAGCACAUGCAUUUUCUCAGAGAGGGCUGCACAAGUAGUCUCCUUGAAGCCUGAAUUACCGAUUGAUUGUCUACACUGGAGCUGACUACAGUUGCACUCUUUUCAGUUGGAAAUGCAGACAGCAGAAAGUACUGACUACUAGAGCCUAUUGUCUAAGAACCAAAACCAGCCCAGCUGAUUCUGGCUUGAGUGACAGGCAGCUUCAUUUAAGUUACUGAACUGCAUUUUCAAAGCAGCUGCCCUCCCAUGCCAAAGGUGAGGAGGGCUGGAGUACACAAUCUUGGUUGCUUCUGGGUGCCCCUGCACCUGCUGCUGGUACCGAGGAAGAGAAAGCACAGAUCAAGACUUUGUAACACCAUGUAGGUAGACAUUAUGAUCAGAGCUGGGCAGAAGCUGUUAGAAGUGCUUAACAACACAAUUUCACUUUUGCUGUUUGCAACUGUUGCCCCUGCCAGGCAUCCUCACCUUUCCUUCUCCUGUCAAAGUUUCUCUUACAAAUAUCUGUACAAUUUAUUCUUUCAGAUAAGGUGGAGAAGGAGAGAAGUUUGUGGGCAAUCCACAAACUGAGAGGCACCUGCACAACCUGCUUGUUCAUUAGGAUAUAAAAAUGAGUGAAAUCUGGCCUUUGUGGCAAACUUGUCAAUAAUUUGUAAAAAGAAAUCUGCAAACAGAUUACACAGAGAAAUUGCCACCCUUGAGAACUCUCAAAACUUGAGAAGACCCUCAGCAGCCUGAUCUAACUUGGCCUGCCUUGAACGAGAGGUUGGACCAGGUGUCCUCCAGAGGUCCCUUCCAACGUAAUGGUUCUAUGAGCUGCAUACAAUGAGACCUUUACCCAGCUCUUAUCAUAGUCUACUAGGCAGGGCAGCAUUUGUCUGUCCACUGGUGCUAACAGUUGUAUUCUUAUAUAGGGCACAAGAAAGAGUAGAUGCACAAAAUAAGGUACAUUACAGACUCUCUUAGACGAGGAGCACAGUUUUUUUUAUAACUCUAACUCAAUACCGGUUAGAGGGAACUGAGUCCUUCUGCCAUUAAUGCCCUGGAAAUGUGAAAAGCCUACCUACCCCCUGCGCAGUAUUCAAGAAAACAGUGUCUGCUCCAGGUUUCCAUGUUUAUGCUCUGCUGGGUUGCAGUUAUGAGCACACAUCCAAACAAGGUGCUCUCUGCUGGUUUUUUUCUGAUGUUGUGCUGGGUUACUGUGGUGACAGCAUCAGACCUGGCACAUGGAGGAGAAGCAGCAAGAACAGCCAGGAUCUUGUUUCCUUGUGGAUGUCUCUGACAUACAGCAUAGAAGAAGAGAAAACCAGAAGGUUGGCAUACAGCACAGACAUGCAGUCCUGCAUGCAUAGAUUGCUUACCAGAAUUUCCCAGGAGGUGACAGCAGGUCAAAAACCUCUUAGAAGGCUUUAAGGAAGGUGUUAAAUGAACAGCAGCAACAGUAGGCCAUACACACCCUGGUACCCUGCAAGCCUGGAGACAUUAUACAAACAGUGUUGAAAAUGAAGUAAGUGGGGAUUUUCUUUGAUUUUGAUGGAACUUGCUCUUUGAAUCAUGGUACAAUUGGUGCUUUUGAGGACAGGCAGCACAAAAGGAGGAAUUAGGGCAUCUGAGUGACGUUUGCUCCCUCAGUCAUUGGUUCACUGUGUAAUCCCAGGCAAGUCCCCAGGGGCUGAGCUUGCUCCUGUUGAUAUAAAUGGAAGCAGAGUCAGGCUCUUGGGAUUGCUGGGACUUGCAGGAAAUAGUAACACUCGGAAAACCACUUCAAAGACUUCGGACAAGUGAUGCUAACAAAGCACAAAGUACUAUUUAUUUAUUUAUUUGUUUGUUUGUUUGUUUAUGUGGUUAUUAAAGUAAAACAUACCCGUUGGUGAAAAGCACUGAUUAACACUGAAAUCUAAAAAUCUUGGUAGCUGUGGGAAAGACAGUGGUGUUACUGUUUCCAGCUCGGAGUCUGUCCCCUCAUCCUCGUCCUCAAAACAGCAAUCAGUCUGAAGAGUGAAACCAGUCCUGCUGUAACACCAGAGAAUGUCCUUGAUAAAAAAGUUGUCUUCACGUAUUGUUUGUACUGCAGUGGUCCAUGUGUGUGACCUUGUAGCUGCAAAGACCUAGAAAAGAGGUGUCCAGAGGCCCAAAUCCAGCCUGCACAAAACUUCCCUUGCUCCCUGACAGCACUGGAAUUGGUAUAAAACCUGCGGUGACUCCAGCAUAGCCAACAUUUCAUCUUGUUUUUAGCCAAGGGCUCUUGCUCCUCUUGUCAUCGCAUUGUGGUUGAAGUUCACUGUUUGGUCCAUUUAGCAGAUGGCACAUGGGGAGAGCUGGAAAACAGCAGAAAGAAGGAAAAAUGUGGUGGGUGAAUGAGCAGACACAGGCUCUGACUGGAACAGCAGUUUUCACCUGGUGGUCUACUGCAAUCUACGUGAAGCCUUGAUCCAAACCUCCCUCUGACAUGGCAUUUCUAGUGUUGACUGAGAAUGUUGUACAGUCCAGGAGAUGUCUUGGCCACUGACUGUAAUUAUACCUGGGGUCCAUCUCCUGCUGCUGACUGAGUUUGAUACCUUGGGGCUACAGCCAAACUAAUCAAAACACACCUACACGGUGGUAACUGGAUUGGCGAACUACUGUUCCUGUAUCAUGCAGUGUGCAGCUCAAGUUCUGAAUGUGCAAUCUAAGAAAAAAUAUUUUUUCCAAAAUACA